CUGAAAUCAUUUUACAGUGUACGACCCGGUUAACAGAUAUGGUUUACAAGCUUUAAACUAGCCAUUUAAAUUAACUAAAUGUGAGUCACCCACUACAAUAUGAUUGUGGGUUGACUGGGAUUGAGUGGGACGGAGUUGUAUUUGUGGCUACACUGUGGCAGCCAUAGUCUUAAAAUCAAGUACGAGAAAAAGUAUGGUGGUAAACUGUAACAGUAGUUCACACCAUGAUCCCUUGUAACCUUGACAUGCUCAGUGCUGUACAACAGGAGCCAGAGUGGAGAAGACGUGUGAAAGAAGAGGCAAUGUUUUUGUGUUAAAGUUUAUUUGUUACCACAUGAACCGUUUUGAGACUGCGUUACAAGUAUGGUCAGUGUUAUCAGUUAAAAAUCAGUGGCAAAAAGUUAUUAUCACAAGUAUAGCCCCUAUGCUGGCGUCCUAGUUGAUGUCAAUAAUGGACAUUUAAAAGACGUUUAAUAAAGACGUUGCAAAAACAAUCAUUCUACCUUGUCUGUGGAUGUCUUUUAAACAUCUAUUACUGACGUCCGGUGGACGUGUAAAAUGGACGUUUAAAAGAUGUUCAAUACUGGCGUCCAGUGGACGUGUAAAAUGGACGUCUAAAAGGCGAUGAAUAAAGACGUCGCAAAAACUUUCAUUCUGGCUUUUCAGUGGACGUCUUUUGAACGUCUGACAAAGACGUUACCUUGACGUCUUUUGGACGUGUCUUUGCACAGUGGGACACUGCCCAUCCCCACUCCUGGAGAUGAUACUGUUAAGGCUUUUGCUAAUACUCUGCAAGAUGGUCGGUCUCCUGCCGCGGGGCCUGGAGUCAAAUUAUCAGACACUUCUAAUUCCCUUCGAAAACUGAGCAAGGAGACUGUUCAUUAACCUGGAAGACUUGUAACUAUCUAUGUUAGUAGUAGUACAACAAGACAGCUGUACUUACAGCGGUCUAUUACAUUACAAACGUGGACUUAGACUUAGAAGUGAACUUUUCUGCUCUACUAAACUAGCAGAAUGUGUACAGAGCAGAUUUCUGAGCCUUACAAUAACAUUAACCAAAUCUCUCAACUUUUUAACUUCUCAACGCACAAAAGAAGCUACAUUCAUUUUGCCCGGGGACUUUUAUUUUAAAAUCAGCGAAGGACGAAGACCCCGGAAAUGACACUCGGUCAACAGCCCAACACAAUUUUGCAUCACUCGGAACGCUCGAGUUCAGCAACAACAGUAGAAAAUACUGUUUUCCAGCAAAUACUGAGAUCUGAGCUUCUCUGCAUCCGCUCAGUCGUCUCCGAGAGAACCUCCGAGCUUUGUUGGUCUCCUCGGCUCUUGGCGGAGUGAGUGUGAGAGGAUGGCGAACUACCGGGCGUUUCACACCCAGCUCGCGACCAUUAUGGAGACCCUGACUCGCGCGGCAGUGGCGGAAAUCUGCGAGCUCGUGGACGACGGCUACGCGAUUUUACACACGGAGAUUUCUCGGCACCAGAAGGAGAACGAAGAACUGCGACGGAAACUUCAGCUAAUCGAGUCUAUCGUGGCGGCUCGAGGGUACGGUGACGAGCGAGCGGCGUCCCGUGAUAGCCGCUGUGACGGGGCGGUGUGUGAGGCAGCGGCGAGUAGGAAAAACUGUGGAAGCAGAGAGUCGUCGAGCCGUCGCGCCAUGGCAGAGUCACGUGAAUCAGAAGAGCGGGGACCCGUUACACUGCACGUUAAAGAGGAAGGUCAGGAGGCACGAGGCGAUGAUGAUGAUGAUCUUGAUGGGGAGGCAGUUGCCUUGGUAGCACACAGUUCUGACGGUGAAGUGGUGGAGCUCUCAGCGCAAGAUGGCCCAUCAGACACACAUUCCAUAAAUGAUGAUGUUCACAUACUUGCAGACACACACUCCCCGAACCCUUAUGCAAACACACUCACAGAAUCACUCUCACAUACUGAAGAGUCCCAACACUCCAGCGUGGACCUCACUGCCUCAGAUGAACCCCUCUGUUCCUUUAACACCCACGCUGAUGCCGACCCACUCUCUGAUACGCACUCUGACAGCACUGGUCACGGCCGGCCCUUUUCAGAUAAAUUGUGCGUGAAGAGGGAGCCUUUGGUGUGUGAAGAUUUGGAUCUCACUUUGGACUGGAAUACGCACUCUGUGCGUAAUUCCCUGUCUCACUCCCACACCACCGCCGGAAUGGGCACAGACACACUGGCAGCCCACAGUUCCCCACUCUAUGCUGCACAACAUCUGGUUGCUCUGGGAAACGUGGCAGGGCUUGGGCUGUUUGGGGGACGUGGCUCUUUGCGGGGAGGUGGAGUUGGUGUAGGUGGCAAGAGGCAUUUCAUCUGUUCAAUCUGUGGAAAAAGCUUCACCACAGCGCAGAGCCUAGACACACACACACGGAUACACACGGGUGAGCGUCCGUACCGCUGUGAGCAGUGUGGCAAACGCUUCACCCAGUCUGGCCACCUCACAGCUCACCAGACUGUUCACACUGGAGAGAGACCGUAUGAGUGCACACACUGUGGCAAACGCUUUGCCGGAAAACAAUACCUCCGCAUACACACCAAGAAACACCACCCAGAGUCCUGAACACAUACAAGGCCACAGAAAACUAAUAUGCAUAUACACUGACUGGUCACUUCUCAAAGUACACCUCUUUCUAUCUACACUCAUUGUCAAUUUAACUACCUUCACUUGCUAUGUAAGGGCACUUUGUAAUUAUACAAUUACACACUGAAGUCCAUCUGUUUCACUGUAACCUUUCAUCUUGUUCUGCUAUGGUGAAGACCCCUACAGGACCCCAUAGAGCAGUUAUUAUUUGGGUGGUGGAUCAUUUUCAGCACUGCAGUGACACUGACUUAGUGGUGGUGCUACGUUGGUGUACGUUGUGCGGGUAUGAGUCAAGCAGGUAAAGCAGUUUUGCUGGACUUUUUAAACGCUGUCCACUCAUUUUCCACUUUUAGACACAGCUGCCUUGUUGGUCACCCUCGUAGGUGCAGUCAGAGCCAUUAGCACAUCUGAUUCUGCACAGUAGUCACAGGACACUGCUGACUGUAUGAUUUAGGUUUUUGGCCUAUUCUCAGCCCUGCAGUGACUGAGGUGCUUGAAAUCUCCAUCAGCAGGGCUGUGUCUGAUCCAUUCAUACUAGCACAAGGUCAGUGUCACUGUGGUACUGAAAAAUCCACCACCCAAAUACCUGCUCUAUAAAUGGUCAUGUGGACUAUGAACAUUAAAGAACAGGGUGAAAGGGCUAACAAUCUAUGCUGAAAACAAAUGGACUUACUGCUUAAGUGUAGAACCACAGAGUGAUCCUAUGUAGUAAGUGGAACUAAUAAACAAUGGGCCUCAUUCACUAGUAUCUUUCCAAGUUUCCUCUUAAAUUUCUUGUAGAGAAAAGUCCUAAGAAAAAGCCUACAUCAGAUAUAUGACGUGUUCUUAAGCCACAGAAUAGUUAGCACUCUUGUGCUCUUAAGUGUGUAUAUUCUUUUCUUACCCAAGAACAACUCCCAACUAAGAAAAUAUUGGUGAAUAUCAGAAUCUUCGUGAAAUCUUUAUAUAUGGGUUUCAAAAAGAAAUUUUCUUAAGAACAGUUGGUGAAUAGGACCCAAUGAGUGUAGAUACAAGAAGGUGUACUUUAAAAUGUGGCCUGCCAGUAUACUGUUAAAGCAUUACACAUCCCCCAUGGAUAUAGAUAUCCAUGGAUACACACUCUAAAAUGAGCUAAUACACUUCCAAAGGUAAAAUGUGUCCAUGUUCAUUCAAAAUGAAGAGAACUGGCCUACAUUUUAUACAAGCCAAGUAUUCAUGUUUAUCUAUAGCCUCAGGAUAUGGGCUGACCUGCAAGUCAGGAGAAUUGUAGUUGAAAGAAAAUUACAGGAGCAUUCCACCUAAAUAUGUUACAUUUGUGAUGACAAUUCAGAAAAACAGGAAACAUUAAGAAGAGCAGCUACUGGUGACGGCUCUUUCAAGUAUAUAUUCACUGUGGAACAAAGCAGAACAAGUUGGAUUGGGCAUGUCCAUCAGACAUGACGGUUGAAGGCAGUAAAGCCUGCCUCAUCUCUCCACAACUGUGAUUUGCAAGAAGAAAUGACCCAUUUGUUUUUUUAAACCUUUCCCUGAUUCUGUUGCAGUGUUGUUGUCUGGACGAUAUAGAUUUUUGCAAAUUCAGACUCUUUGAUGGCUUUUUCUUGGUGAAAAUAUUUUUUUGGGCCACAAAUAAGAUCUUAAACAUUUUAUUUAGGCCAGCAGAUGGAGGCAGAAUAAUAUGACCAAUGACCAAAGCAAAACUGUUAUGUGAAAUAGUUAUCUAUAAUGAUACUUCAAUAAAAAACCCUUCUUGUGU